GGGGAAGGGACAACUGGGAGUGGCAAUUGGAUCUUGUGACUAGCACUUCCUUCCUGCCGGGCUUCCUUUCUUCCUGGUUUUGGAGGUGGGAGGAGCAUUGGCUUCCCAGUCUGGAUUAGUUCUGCUGGAAGACACAGGCCCAACCUCUGAAGGAGUUAGAUGCAGAGUGAUAAAGCUGAGAGAUCUGAAAGAAAUUUUUGGUUCAGGGGAAAGAACAACUUUAUUUGGCUGCGGCUGGGCUUUGGAAUCUGACCUCCAUGACUUACUGCUCCGGUGACUGUCCAAUUCAUUCAGUCUCCACGGGUCUCAGUUUCUCCAACUGUAAAACAUGGUACCAUGUGGACAUGUAUUCUCAUGAGGAAGGCCUUCUUCAAUGCAAAUAUGCACCUGUUUCCAAGACUAGCAGGAGCUCCCACCUAUAGCCUGAAGUCUCAGAUGCAAAACAAGACAUCAUUCACAAAGAAGGUGCAGAUCCUGUGUUCCCCACCCCAAGUUAGGGGUAUUUCUGAUUUCAUACAAGAUGGCCCUCUUCCUUCUUCUGGUGCUAAAAGCAGAAAAUCCAAGAACAGCUGGUCCUUUCCUGUGCUAGAUGGGACUAUUAAGAUGGAGCAGAUGGACCGAACUGAAGCCAACCUGAGAAACAGUGAAGCUUGUAUUCAGAGAUAUUUAGAGUUGCUUGGAGAGUCCCACCAAAGAGAAGAAAGGGACAUCAUAAGACACACCCAACGCCACGGGAAGCUGCUGGUCCGUGAACGCCUGAGGCUGGUGUUGGAUGAUGAUGACUUCUUUGAGUUAUCCCCAUUGGCUGGUUAUGAUUUACCCUAUGGCACAAUCUCAAAUGCUGGCUGUCUCACUGGCAUUGGGAAAGUAUGUGGAAUUUGGUGCAUGUUCAUUGCCAAUGAUGCAACCGUGAAGGGAGGAACUAUGUACCCCAUCACAGUGAAGAAACACCUCCGCGCUCAAGCUAUAGCAACUAUGAACCGCCUGCCCACUGUGUAUUUGGUGGACAGUGGAGGAGCAUUUCUGCCCCUACAGGCAGAGAUUUUCCCAGAUUCUUGCCAUGGUGGAAGAAUAUUCUAUAACAUAGCAGUGAUGUCCUCGAUGAAGAUUCCUCAGGUGGCAGUGGUCUGUGGUUCUUGCAUCGCAGGAGCUACCUAUAUUCCCAGCAUAGCAGAUGAAUCAAUAAUUAUAGACAAAAUUGGCUCCAUGUUUAUUGCUGGACCUCCUUUGGUAAAAGCUGCUACGGGAGAAAACAUUUCUGUGGAAGAACUAGGAGGAGCCACUCUGCAUUCUCGAAUCAGUGGUGGGAUUGAUUAUAUUACAUCUACUGAGGAAGAAGCCUAUGAACGGACGAGGCAUAUUGUGAUGACCCUCAAAUGUGGAGAGCCCUCCAAAGAGCCUGUGGGGUAUGAUGACCCCUUAUACAGCCCAGAAGAGCUGAAGGCACUGGCUCCACAGAAUUAUGAAUGUGGCCUAGAUGUGAAACUGAUUCUGAGUCGUUUGAUUGAUGGGAGUCGAUUCCAGGAAUUCAAAGCUGAAUAUGGAACAACUCUGGUUACGGGCUUUGCUCACGUGAAAGGGCACCUCGUCGGCCUCGUGGCCAGCAAUGGGGAGUUAAGCUAUCAGGCGUCCCUCAAGGGCAGCCACUUUGUCCGUCUGUGCAGGCACCGGAACGUCCCCCUCCUGUUCCUGCUGAACACCGUCCCGCAGACGUCGGCGUGCACGAGCCCAGCCCAGGCAGAGGACCUUGGCAGGAGAUGCAAAGCCCAGGCCUGUAUGAUGGCCACCAUUGCUUGUGCAGAAGUCCCCAAGAUAACGCUGGUUAUCGGUGGCAAUUUUGGGAAUGACAGCUAUGCCAUGUGUGGGAGAUCAUUCGACCCUAAUUUCUUGUUCCUGUGGCCCAAUGCAAGAGUUGCUCUUGUGGACUACAGAUCUCUCACGACUGACUUCCUGGAAGGAGAUGAACACUUCUCUAUGGACAAAUCCACACGAAAGAAUCUGGGAAAAAACUCCGGGUUCCUAGCAGAGAGGCUGCCGCUUGGCCGGCGUGGUCCAAGGGCUGCUCCGACCGAGGGAGCUGUGUGUCAGCGGCCGCCUUCCUGCUCUCUUGCUCAGGCUGGAGAAGGAAAGCUCGGCCUUUUACUCGUCCGCCCGGCUGUGGGACGACGGCGUGAUCCUGCCCCAGCGCUCCAGAGAGGUGAGCUCCCGGCGCUCUGCCUGCUGGGGUCGGGGCGGCUCAGCGUCUGCGCUGAUGCUUGUGUGGAGGGACCAGAAGAAGUCAGGUCUCGGGUGUGCUUUUUCCGCGCCUUCCCUGGGAGGUCAGGAGCGCGCAUCCGCUUCAUCUGCCAGACAGUCGUUUAGAUGAAAGAGCUCCAACGGCCAACUCUGACUGACCUCCCUGGGGACUCUUCCUCCCCCAGUGGUUUAUGUGUAGACAGAACCAGAGUCGCCAAGCUCCUUUGGUCAUGUGGCGUGCAGUAGUGGAGAGAAAGAGGCUGCCAAUGAGAUCUGGGUUCAAAUCCUACCUGCGAUGCAUACUGGCUAUGUGGCUUGUAAACCUCAAAAUUCCUUAGACUUAUAAAUGUUGGAAAUUUCACCAUUGGGAUAUUUCAUACUUGGAAAAUUUCUUACUGAUAGUCUAUUGGAAUGGGAACUCCAUUGGCAUGGGAGGUUCCUUCUCUUCCCUUCUUAAGAGUACUUUAGGACAGAAACCCUUUGCUGAACAAUGGAAAGGACUUUGACCUAUGCUUAAGCAUAGAACAGGAAUUUCUUUGAGUCUUGAUUGAUUUAGAAUUGAUACAAUGGAGAUACUUGGAAUAAAUCUCCACCCUAUUCAGUCCUAAUAGGAUUGAGUAAGGGCUGCAGCCUAGAUCAAAAUUUAAUUAUUCCAAUCUCUACCAUACUCAAGUUAACAGGAUUUAGAAAGGGCUGUAACAAAAGAGUAAAGAUUUAAUCAUUUGAAAAUAUGACCUUCAACAGACAUGUGCAAAAGCCAGAAACCUCUGGGCGGUCCUGGGUUAAGGGAGAGCCUCCAUUGACAGGGAAAUUGAUGAAGAGUGAUUGGUAGAUGUGAGGACUGAGGGGAGGCAACUUGGAUGGUGUCCUUAAAGAUAGGAGGGUCUGGAGACUCGGGAGGGAGGAUUGAGUUUGGUCGGUGUGGUUCCUGGGCUCUCGGAGGAAGCUUGCUCUGAAGGAAGCUGAAGGUGGGGGCCUCUGAGACUGUUUCUCCAUUUUGGUCACGUGAGUAAUAGGGACUGAUCUCUUUUCUUUGCCCCAGCUAUCUAAGGGCUUGGGCCUUUUGGCCCAGCCUAAACAGAGGGGGUAUUUAAGCCCUAUUCCCUUCUCUCCCCUUUCUCUCUCUAUAUAUAUCUCUAAUUCCUUUCUUGCUCCUAUUGUAAUUAAACUCCAAAAAAGGCUGACGGCUGACUUGAGUUUUUCAUUUAGGAAUUACAUAGCUGAUUCCUUGGCGACCUUAAAUUAAUAUAUAUCAGUCUUUUAAAGUGAUUCCCUUGUAACAUUGUGGCUGACCACACGGGAGUCUAAAGAAUCCUCUCAAUAAAACUUUUUCCUUGCCUUUUUACUAUACUGUUUCACCACUUAGUUCUUUUUUUUUAACAAAAAAACUUGGCUUAAAGACACAGCUGCUAGAACACGUGAGUAUAAAAAACUUUUUCUCUUUUCUCCUUAAGUUAAAUUGGAAUCAGCAGUUUUUUCUUUUUCUUCCCUUUAAUCUUAAGGGACAGCUGGGUAGCUCAGCGGAUUGAGAGCCAUCCCUAGAGGCAGAAGGUCCUGGGUUCAAAUCGGACCUCAGAUACUUCCCAGCUGUGUGACUCUGAUAGACAGAAAACAGCUGUUUUUAAAUCUCAGCAACAGGACUCUAAAGUCCUGGCUGGAAGAACUGUUUCUAAAUAUCCUUUCCCUUAAGGAACAACUUCCUGCAUUAAAAAAAAAAAACCCUGUGGAAAGUUUGUUGCUUUGCCCUGCUCCCCACGUGUUUUGUGAAAUUACAAAAUAUACAUAUAAAAAUGAGUACUACAUUCUUUGACAAUUAUAUGGCAGCUGAAGAAUUAGGGGCAUUGAGGAAUGAAGGAUACCUCCAAAUUUUUAUAUUAAUAGGUACUGUCAUUUUUGUACUCCUCAAUACUAUAUUUAGAGAUGAAAAAAUAAAAAAUGUUGAGGAUAAAAUAGAAAAAAAUGAGGAUAAAAUAGAAAAUAUUGAGGAUAAAAUAGAAAAUAUUGAGGAUAAAAUAGAAAAAAUUGAGGAUACAAUAGAAAAAAUUGAGGAUACAAUAGAAAAAAUUGAGGAUAAAAUAGGAAAUAUUGAGAAUAAAAUAGAAAAACUUGAGGAUAAAAUAGGAAAUAUUGAGAAUAAAAUAGGAAAUAUUGAGGAUAAAAUGGGAGAUAUGGAAGAUAAAAUAGGAAAAAUUGAGGAUAAAAUGCAAGCCCAAUUAGAAGAUCUAAAAUGUUUCUUACAGGAUCAAUGGGAAAACACCCACUCUACCAGAAACAGACCUGUUUCUGAACCUUUGAAUGAGGAAAUUUCCUUCCCUGAAAUAGAGAUGGAAAACACCUUCCCUAUAGCUCAGUUAACAGACUGCUUCUCUCGUGCAGUGCAAAUCUUGUCUGAAUUUAAUCCCCAAAACCCUUCCCCUGCAAUCCCAGCUUCUCAUGUUCCUUCUCCUACAGAAAACCAAAUUCCAAUGCAAGGGAGAUCUUGUCCUCCUAGAGAAACCUGUCCUUGUCAAACUGACCCACAGGUGCAAAAUUCAACUAGAGGCCUGUUUCCUCUAAGAGAAGUACCUGAAAUAGGACGAAAUGGGGAUGUGGUGACUUUAAGACAUAGGAUACCGUUUACUCCCCAAGAAAUAAAUGAAUUUACACGAAAUAUCCCCACAUAUGAACAAGAUCCUUUUCUAGUAACAAAAAAGAUGGGAGACAUAUUUUUUCAAUAUAAUCCGUCUUACAAGGACGUUGAGAGCUUACUACAGGCUUUUUUAAGUGAACGUGAAAAAAAUAAAAUAAUUGCUCAUGUCAACAAAACCCGGGGGCGUAAUGCAGCACAUUGGCCAUCUCAGGAUCCCGAAUGGGACUAUAAUAAUCCUGAGGACUAUCUACAACUAUACCGUUGUAGAGAGGCCAUCCUCACGGCCAUGAAGGAAUGUGCGGACAGUACAGAUAAGUGGAUGGAACUGGAAAAAAUUAAGCAAAAGGAAAACGAAACACCCUCCAGAUUUAUGGACAGAAUUAUCGAGUUUGGGGACAGAUACUUAGAUUGGGACUUAAAUAAAGAGAAUAGUUUAAGACAAGUUAGAAGAAUAUUUGUAAAUAAUUCUUGCAAAGUAAUUAAAAAUUAUUUUAAAACACAAUGCCCAAGAUGGUCAGAUAUGGACCUUGAAGAAUUGCGAAAAACAGCUAUAUAUGUUUUUAAGGGAAA